GUCCAGAGACAGAGAGACACACAAACACACUCUCAAACAUACACACUCUCGGACACACAGACGGACAACAGUGCAGACACUUGAGAAGACAACUCCUCGGAAGAGAAAAGUGAUUGAUUGGUUGGAGGAAAGAAGAGAGACAAGAGAGAGAGAGAAGAGCGAGAAGAGAGAGAGAAGAGCGAGAAGAGCGAGAAGAGAGAGAAGAGCGAGAAGAGAGAGUGAAGAGCGAGGAGAGAGAGAAGAGCGAGAAGAGAGAGGAGAGCGAGAAGAGAGAGAGAAGAGCGAGAAGAGAGAGAGAAGAUUGAGAAGAGAGAGGGAAGAGCGAGAAGAGAGAGAGAAGAGCGAGAAGAGAGAGUGAAGAGCGAGAAGAGAGAGUGAAGAGCGAGAAGGGAGAGAGAAGAGCGAGAAGAGAGAGAGAAGAGCGAGAAGAGAGAGAGAAGAGCGAGAAGAGAGAGAGAAGAGCGAGAAGAGAGAGAGCUUUGGCGACAGGUGAAGAUGCUGUGUCCUGCGUGGCUCUUGGCUAUGGCCGUGGUGGGCGUGGUCAGAGGGGUGAAAGGUCAGUGCUGGGAGAAUCCUCACUGUCAUGACCUCAGCUCUGAAAACAACCUCCUGGAGUGUAUCCAGCUCUGUCGUUCUGACCUCCAACCCCCGUCCCCCUCCGACUCUGACUCUCCUCCCCUCUACUUACCUCUGUCCGUCCUCUCCCCAUCCUCCCCCCUGUACCCCACGGAGCAGCAGAACAGUGUCCCCCCCCAGGCCAAGCGUUCCUACUCCAUGGAACACUUCCGCUGGGGAAAGCCUGUGGGCCGUAAGCGUCGGCCGAUGAAGGUUUACACCAACGGUGUGGAGGAGGAGUCCUCCGAGGGCUUCCCCAGCGAGAUGAGACGAGAGCUGGGCACCGACGACGCCAUGUACCCCUCCCUGGAGGCUGGGACUGCGGAGGGGGGAGAGGCAGAGGGCAUGGAGGGGUUUUUUAGUCUUCAGGAGAAGAAAGACGGCUCGUACAAGAUGAACCACUUCCGCUGGAGCGGACCGCCCGUCAGUAAGCGCUAUGGAGGGUUCAUGAAGAGCUGGGACGAGCGCAGUCAGAAACCACUGCUCACGCUGUUCAAAAACGUCAUUAUCAAAGACGGACAGCAGAAGAGAGAGCAGUGGGGGAGGGAUGAAGGGGAAGAAAAAAGGGCAUUGGGGGAGAGGAAAUACCAUUUCCAGGGUUGAGGGAGGAAGAGAAUGUCACUGUAGGACUUAGAGCCAGUAAGCUCUCAUUUGAUUUGCCAUUAGGAGACAGACCUGUUUUGUGAUUGGCUAAAAGCACUGUCCUCUGACGUAACGAUGAUGUUAGCUAAUACUGUAAUUUUGUCUCCAAUAAAAUGCUAACUCUGUACAGAACAA